ACAUUGUUCUUACAGAGAGAGAGAGAGAGAUGGGUAAGUUCAUGAGCAUGUUUGUUGUUUGUGUUUUUGCCGCAGCUAUGCUGCACUGUGCUGCAGCCCAAACGGUUUACGUGGUUGGAGACAGCUUGGGUUGGACGAUACCUUCAAAUGGCGCAGCGGCGUACACCACUUGGGCUUCUGGUAAAACGUUCAUGGUUGGUGACACCCUAACCUUCAACUUCUUAACCAACCAACAUGAUGUCCUACAAGUAUCAAAAGCAUCCUACGAUGCCUGCAUUUCAGACAAUGCUAGUGGCAAUCCGAUGAUGACAGGACCAGCCAAUGUCAGCCUUAAUGCUGCAGGCGAUCACUACUACGUUUGCACCUUCGGCGACCACUGCCAAAACGGUCAGAAGCUAGCCAUCACCGUCUCUGGUACUCCUCUGGCUUCACCUCCUACUACUACAACCACUCCUCCGCCUCCAGCCACACCUUCUCCGACCUCAAACACCCCUAGUGCUUGUCCUCCAACUGAUGGACCGACGACAUCAACCACACCGGGCGGUGGAGCUGCCCCUCCUCCUCCGAAUUCUUCAUCAUCUGCUGUGCUUUCUAAUUUUUUCCUCGUGUUCAUGGCCUUUGCCAUGGCCCUUUGCAUUUAGAUAGUAGAAGAGAGUGGAUAGAACAUUAUGUUUUUUUUUUGCUAUUCUUGAG